AUGUUCUCGCUCGGUCGCUUUGCUGGCCGGGCCGCCCCCAGCCUCCGGGCGGCCCUGGUGACCCCGAUGCGCCCGGCUGCCCCGGCCGCCAGCCUCAGCCUGCGUGCCGGGCUGCUGGCGGCCGAGGCGCCGCUGCUGGCCGCUGGCCGUCGGGCUGGCCUCCUCGGGGCCAUGCGUCCUCUGGCCCGGGCCCCGGGUGGCAGUCCCACCACGCUGCUUCGCCGGGCCAUGACCACGUCGGCUCCGGCGGCGCCGGCCGAGGCGGCUGCGACCGGCACCGGCCGCUGGUCGGCUCUGAUGGGCGGCGUGCCGCGCGGCUCCGAGCGCCGCGCCGCCGCCUACAUGUUCACGGUGGCCGGCUUGACCUUCAGCAUCAUUGUCAUCGGCGGUCUGACGCGGCUGACCGAGUCCGGCCUGUCGAUCACCGACUGGCGCCCGGUCACCGGGACCCUGCCUCCGCGGUCGGAUGCCGAGUGGGAUGCCGAGUUUGCCAAGUACCGCGCCUCGCCGGAGUACCGCCUGCAGAACCACGGCAUGUCCAUGGAGGACUUCAAGUACAUUUUCUGGUGGGAGUGGGGCCACCGCCAGGUGGGCCGGCUGAUUGGCCUGGCCUGGGCCGCGCCGCUGGCCUGGAUGGCCGCCCGCGGGACGGUGGUUCUCCGGGACGCCGGCCGCAUGACCCCCUUCGGUCGGCAGGCCCUGGCCAUCGGCACCCUCAUCGGUGCCCAGGGGCUCAUGGGCUGGCUCAUGGUCAAGUCCGGCCUGGAUGAGCGCCUGGUCGAGGAGGAUCGCGUGGCCCGUGUGAGCCAUCUCCGCCUGGCCGCGCACCUGGGCCUGGCCCUGGUCAUCUACGGGGUCUCCCUGUGGAAUGGCUUGUCCCUGCUGCCGAGCACCGCGGCCAAGAACCUGUACUCGGCCGUGCGCGACCCGGCCGUGUGGGGCCCCCUCCGGUCGCUCAAGCGCAAUAGCCACCAUCUGGCCACCCUGGUCGGCGUGACCAUCCUUUCCGGGGCCCUGGUGGCUGGCCUCCAUGCCGGGCGUGUGUACAACGAGUUCCCCACCAUGGGGCCGGGCCGUCUGGCCCCGGCGGACUACCUGCUCCCGGUCGAGGACGAGCCGAACCCCGUGCGCCGGGUGCUGGACUCCGCCCCGGCCACCCAGUUCCACCAUCGUGUCCUGGCCACCACCACCCUGGCCGCCGGGUGUGGCCUUGUGCUGGGUGUGGUCCUCCGCCGGCAGUGGCACCUCCUGGCCAAGCCCACUCGCAAUGCCAUGCUCCUGCUGUCUGGUGCCCUGGCCGGGCAGUUCACCCUCGGCAUUGCCACCCUGCUGAUGCAUGUCCCCACCCCGCUGGCCAGUGCCCAUCAGGCCGGUGCUGUGGUCGUCAUGUCGGCCGUCCUCCGGCUAAUGCACACCCUGCGUAGUGUGUCGCGCAAGCUGUGA